UGAAUCUAUUCGAAUAUAUAAAGAUUCAUUAUUCAAACAAAAGCAACUCUCAAUUUUACUUACUUAAAAAUACACUGCUGUUAUUGGAUGUCAAAGUAAAGAAUUGAUAAAAAAGGUAAAUCAAGAAAUGUCAUAAGAAAACACAGCGACAUGGCGUCCAAGCGAAGAAAAUUAAAUUUAAAGGAAAAAAUUAAAAUUUUAGAUGAAUUAAAAGCGGGAGAAAAGAUUGCAACAAUAUCAAAGCGUAGAAAUAUACACGAAGCAACAAUUCGUACCAUAAGGAGGAAUGAAACAACGAUAAGAAAAGUGGUUGCAGCCGCCAGUACUGGGUGCUUUUUAAGUGGGAAAAAAAUGCCUAGUCGGACUUAUGUGGCAAAGCAAGAAAAGUCUGUGAAAGGUUUUAAAGUAGCAAAGGAGCGUAUCACGUUGUUGUUAUGCAGCAAUGCAUCAGGAGACAAAAUGUUGAAACCUCUUCUUGUUAACAAAAAUCUUAACCCUAGGGCCUUAAAAGGUAUUGAUAAAACCAAGCUUCCGGUCCAUUGGAUGGCAAAUAAAAAUCCUUGGGUCACAGCUUCACUUUUCAAGGACUUGUUCUUAAAUCAUUUUGUACCUGAAGUCCGAGAGUAUCUCCGUUCAAAACAACUUGUUUUCAAAGUUUUACUAGUUAUAGACAACACUCCUGGUCAUCCAGACAUUUCCCAUAAAAACGUGAAGAUAAUGUUUCUACCUCCUAAUACGACGUCAUUAAUACAACCACUCGAUCAGGGCAUUAUUGCUACUUUUAAGCGUUAUUAUGUGAAGAAUUCUUUUCAACACAUAAUAAACGAAAUUGAAACAAAUAACGAAAUGAACGUAAUAUCUGCGUGGAAAACAUUCGAUUUAAAAAACUGCAUAGACUGCAUUAGUUGCUCUGUAAGAGAAAUUACGAAAACCACUUUAAAUAGGUGCUGGAAAAACCUGUGGGCGGAUGUAGCGGUAAUGGAUACUGAGAACGAGACAUUAUCUGAAUAUGCCGAUAUUUUCCAAGUAUCCCACGCGAUCGGAGGAGAAGGAUUCCACGAUAUAACCAUCGAAGAUAUCAAUGAACUUUUCGAAAAUGUUGUUAUUUCCGACGAUGAGAUUUUGCAAAAUUUUGCAGAAAACGAUUGUAAUGACAACAAAGAGAUUGAUGAGGAUAGCACAUUCAAACGCUGCUGGUCUUAGUGCAUCUUUGAUCCAAAAUGGAUUAAACAUAUCGAUGGAGUUAGAAAAUCAUUUCCUCAACUUGGACCCAAACACGGAACGGUCUGCAAGAUUCCAGCGCCAAUUAAAUGAAGCAGUAGAAUGCUACCGUGAGCUUUAUGAAGAAGUGAAAGAAAAGAAGACUCAGCGAUUAAUGACUGAUUAUUUUAAACCAUAAACGUAUUUUAUAUUAUAUUCAUUUUGUUAACUUUCCCUGUUUUGUUCGUUCCUUUUAAAAGUAAUACAUAUGUAUAUAAUACCAUGAAAAUCUAUAGUGUUUUAAUUGUGUAA